AGUUAAUUUCAGAUCAUUUGUACAUGAAUGUGAACUUUUAUACUUUCAACGUCAUUGUUCAUAAAUGGCUAAAAUAAUUAAAUAGUAAUGAAGAAAAAUUCGAAAUUACAAAUCAUACUUAUUUUACAAUUAAAUUUCUAUUCAUUACAUAUAAAACAUUCUAUUGAUAUAAUUUUUUAAUUUAAAUUUACAAAAUUAUAAAUAUGUCAGACAGUAUGGAGCGAGAUAAAAUUGAAUUGUUGACAUCUAAAGAAAGAGAAGAAGAGGAAGAAAUGAAACGAGAACUUUUAGAUAUGAAAAUGUAUGAAACAUGGUAUACUUAUAAGGAUAUGAAAGAAAUUUUAGGAUUCAUUAAUGAAUCUAAAGAUAUGGCAAAUAUGGCUAAUGAUGAAAAAAAUGCACAAAAGGAAUUAAUGCAAUCUUCUAGUGAUUGUUCUUCAGAAGUGAUGCUCAAGACAAAUUUAAUACAAGAACUGGAAAUACAAGAACACAUCAAUAAUACAUCUCAAUCAAUACAUUCACAUAGAUCUAAUCAUACAUCUCCAAUACAUGAAAGAACAUUAACUCAUGAUUGUAAUUCUGAUCUUGCAUCUGCUAUUGUUGAUUCAAGAAAUUCUGUAUAUAGAGGAAAAAAUUUGGAUAGUGAAGAUAUAUUUAUUAGAUCACAAGAUAACUCAAAUAUGAGAGAUAGCUAUUCUCAUAAUAUGAGUAGAUAUAUUUCUUUAAAAUUGAAAAAUUCUUCACAAGAUUCGGAUAUUAUAAAUAAUGCAGAGAAGAAAAUGGACAUAUAUUCUGAAUGUGAUAAAAAAUUGGAUCAAUGGCAAAUUAAUCCCCUUGAUUCGUGUGUUAGUGAAAAUGAUGUGCCUUUGCAAGAGCCAAAUCGACCUGUAGUUCAAGAUCGUAUGCCAUUUAAAUUAUGCAAAGAUGCACAAACACCUGAAAUGCUUGAGAAACUACUGCCUGCAUUAAACUUUUAUUUGAAACAAACAGCAGAAUUAUGGCAUAGUUGGCAUCGUACUACUGAUACUAAGUUUCAAUGGGGGUCACCCAUUCAGGUGGGUCUUACUAAAGAUAAUUUGGAUAAAAAGUCAAUAACAAAUAUUAAGACUGAACAGAAUGAAAUGGAAUGUAUAAAUAAAUAUAGCAAUGAACGAGCUAAUAAACGUAAAUCAACUAUGAUUCUUUCUCUUUCUGAUGCAAUAUAUUCUAGCAGUGAUGAAGAUGAAUAUAUUAUUAAAAAAAAAAAAUUCAAUCUUAUGAAGACAAAAAUAAAGAAUUAUGAUAAAAUAGAAGCACAUGCUGCUGAAUGUGAACAAUAUAUAUCUGAAAGUGAAUAUGAAAAUGAUCUACAUUUAUUAGAAAGUAAAUCAUUAUCAAUAGCUAUUAAUAAUGCCGAAAUUCUUGAAUGUGGUGUUUGUUCGAAAUAUAAAACGACUAAUGGAAUACAUUAUGAAGAACAUGUUAAUACUUGUUUACAAAGACAACAUGAAGAAGAAUCCUUAAAUGAAUAUUCAAGCAAUGAACUCGGCAACAUUCCUAAUUCGCCUAUUCGUUGCUACCGACCAAUUAGUGAACAAACUGAUUCGUAUAUAGAUUAUAGAAGACAAUUUCCUUCAAGCAAAUAUAAAACUUCAUUAGAUUCUCUUAAAACAAGUAUUAUGAAAAUAUUCUUUCAAUUUAUAAUCCUUAUAUUUUUAAUUUAUAAUGUUUUGACUCUAACCUUAGAUGGUUCAUGGAUAGGUAAAAUUACAACUGACAAAUAUGAAUAUGAUAUCACAUUUCCUGCAACUGUACCAGGAGGUAUUUAUACCGAUUUAAGCAAUGCUCAUAUUAUAUCAAAUAAUUUUAUUGGAUAUAAUGAUUUAACUAAUCGAUGGAUCAGUAAUCAAUCAGUUUUAUAUACUAAAAGUUUUUAUGUGAAUGAUACUUUAUUAAAUGUUCCUAAAAUACUAUUAAUUUUCCAUGGUGUGGAUACAUUUGCUAAAAUUCUUUUAAAUGCUAAAAAAAUUGGAGAAACAUCAAAUAUGUUUUUAAGAUAUACAUUUGAUGUGACAAAGGAUUUAAAAAAAGGAGAAAAUUUAUUAGAAGUUUUUUUUUCUUCUCCUGUUAAAGUAGCUGAAAAUUUAUAUAAUGAACAAGCAUCAAAAUAUAUAAUUCCUCCAAUAUGCAAUCCAAAUACUUAUAAUGGAGAAUGUCAUAUAAACCAUAUAAGAAAAAUGCAAGCAAGUUUUGCUUGGGAUUGGGGUCCUGCUUUUCCAUCAAUGGGUAUUUGGAAAAGUGUAGAAAUAAUUCCUGUAAAUGAAAUUUAUAUUAUGGAUAUUACAAUAGAUAUCCACAAAGAAAUAAAUUUUUGGAAAAUCAUGAUUACAUUAUUCUUUGAAACUACUUUACAAAAAAAUAGCCAAUUUAUAAUUUGUGAUAUUUCAUCUGUUCUUAAUAUCAAUGAACAAUUAAAUAUUUAUAAUUCUACUAGUAUUAAUUUAUAUACAAAUAAUAAAUAUAUAAAAAGUACUACAUUUCUCAAUGUACCUAUAGAUCUUGUUCAUGAAUGGUGGCCAAAUGGUUAUGGCAAUCAAACUCUUUAUUCAUUAACUGUAACUGCAACUACUUCUACUAAUGUUAAACAAAAAACAAUACGUAUUGGUUUCAGAACAGUAGAACUUGUACAAAAGCCUCUCAAACAAGGAUUAAGUUUUUAUUUUAAAAUAAAUAAUAUUCCAAUAUUUGCAAAAGGUAGUAAUUUUAUACCAGCUAGUAUUUUUCCUGAAUUAAGUACUAAGAUGGAUACAAUUAAACAUUUAUUAAAAUCUGCCAAAAAAGCAAAUAUGAAUAUGCUUAGAGUGUGGGGAGGUGGACUUUAUGAAUCUGAAUUAUUUUAUAAUCUAGCUGAUGAAUAUGGAAUCAUGAUUUGGCAAGAUUUUAUGUUUGCAUGUGGAAUGUAUCCUACCACAAAAGAAUUUCUUAAAUCAGUUAGGGAAGAGAUAAUACAAAAUGUACGAAGAUUAAAAAAUCACCCCAGUAUUGUUCUCUGGGCUGGAAAUAAUGAAAAUGAAGCAGCUUUAUAUGAUAAUUGGUAUGGAACUGGAACUAAACAAGUAUAUAGAACUGAUUAUAUCAAACUUUAUGUAAAUUUAAUCAAGAAAACAGUUGAACGAUUAGAUUCUACACGACCUUUUGUGAUAUCUAGUCCUAGUAAUGGAUUAUAUACAGAACAAUAUAAUUAUACUGGAAAAAAUCCAUAUUCAAAGAUAUUUGGAGAUGUUCAUUAUUACAAUUAUUUUAAUAAUGGUUGGGAUAUGCACCAAUAUCCUCGUGCAAGAUUUUCAUCUGAAUAUGGAUUUCAAUCAUUACCAUCAAUAUAUACUAUGUUGCCAGUUGCAAAAUCAAUUACUGAUUUGGAUAUAGACAGUAAUUUUCUUAAACAUCGUCAACAUUUACCAUUGGGAAUAUUUUUUUUGAAAAAUCUUAUUUCAAAAAAUUUAAAAUUACCUAACAUUCAAAACACUUUAAAAAAAUAAAAUUAUAUAUAUUUAAGCCAAAUUAAUCAAGCAGUUUCUGUAAAGAUACAGACAGAAUUUUAUCGACAAUCAAUGUCGGAAUUAAAUGAAGUAGGAGAAGGAAUGACAAUGGGUGCUUUAUAUUGGCAAUUAAAUGAUGUUUGGCAAGCUCCAUCGUGGUCUUCUAUUGAUUUUGAUGGGCGAUGGAAAAUGCUUCAUUAUUAUGCUGUGGAAUUUUUUGCACCUCUUAUUGUUACAUAUUAUAUUCAAAACAUGGAUCUUUCCAUUUAUAUCGUUUCUGAUAAAAUAUAUCCAAAAAAAUGUUACUUAGAAAUGAAUCUUUAUACAUGGAAUAGUAUAAAACCUAUACAAUCAUAUUUUCAUUCCAAUAUAACUAUUGAAGCCAAUGCAGUAACUAAAAUUGAUGAUAAUUUACUCAAAUAUUCAUGGAUUUUAAAUUCCACAACACUUAAUGAAUGCCAAUUUAAUAUCACUAAAAAUAAUUGCAUUACAACACUUACCUUAAGAGAUAAAAAUGGAUUUUCAAUAGCACCAAGAAAUUAUAUAUAUCCAAGUAAUCCCCUGAAAAAUAUUGCAUUACCAAUAGCAAAUAUUUCUAUUUCAGAUAGUUAA